AAUCAAUCAAGGGAACGAAACAAAAACCUAUUGAAAGGAAAACAAACAAACAGAGGAGUUGAUCCAGUUAUGGCGGAGAAAGAAGAGAGUGUGAAGCUUUUAGGGUUUUGGGGAAGCCCUUUCAGUCGUAGAGUCGAGAUGGCUCUCAAACUCAAAGGCGUACCAUACGAGUACUUAGAGGAAGACUUGCCAAACAAGACCUCUUUGCUUCUUGAGCUAAACCCGGUUCACAAGAAAGUUCCUGUUCUUGUCCACAAUGAUAAAGUAUUACCCGAGUCACAUCUGAUCAUCGAAUACAUCGAUCAGACAUGGAAGAAUAACAAUCCGAUUCUUCCUCAAGAUCCUUACGACAAAGCCAUGGCUCGAUUUUGGGCCAAGUUCAUCGAUGAGCAGAUCUUAACGUUAGGGUUCAGGUCCUUGGUGAAAGCAGAGAAGGGAAGAGAAGUUGCUAUUGAAGAGACUCAAGAAAUGCUUAUGUUUCUUGAGAAGCAAGUCACCGGGAAGGAUUUCUUUGGCGGCAAGACAGUCGGAUUCUUGGACAUGGUCGCAGGAAGUAUGAUCCCAUUUUGUCUAGCUCGGCUUUGGGAAGGUUUAGGGAUCGAUAUGAUUCCAAAGGAGUUGUUUCCAGAACUAAACAGAUGGAUCAGUAACUUGGAAGACGUUGAGGCCGUGAGGGAAUGUAUUCCUCCAAGAGAUAAACAAGUGGAGCGAAUGACCAAAAUUGCAGAGAAAAUUAUGUCUGCCUAAAUUAAAUUAAACACAACUGCGUACUUCUUGGUCGUCCGGUAAUAUUUGUAUUGGUUCAAGGAUUUUGAAAUCCAUAAUUCUCAUUGGUUUAAAAAAUAAAAAAUGUAGAUUAAUUUUGAAAUAACAUGGUUUAUCCAUGAAUUUAAGUUUUGGUAUCUAUCACAUCCAAAUCCAUUAAAAGUUUUA